CAAUUCUCAUCAUUAAAAAAGUUCACAAUCUCUAGACCAUUCCGUUAACGCCUUUUCUUUCAGAUCUUUUAUCCAUAUUUCUAUUAAUUUCUGCAACAAUGAAGCUUUUGAUGCUUGCAAUGAUCAACCUCUCACUGUUGCUCUCUCUACAUGCUGUCACUGUACACCAUGACCAAACACCAUGGCCUUUCGCUCUAGUUUUAUUCUCGUUCAUAUCUUCUUUACCUUUCUUUAUGAACUACUGGCUAGUCCCUGGAGGAUUUGCAUGGAGAAAGCACCAUGUUUACUCUCCACAACUUCGUGGUCCAGUCGGUUGGCCUUUGCUUGGAACCUUGCCGCUAAUGGGUUCACUUGCUCAUCGCAAGUUAGCAAACACGGCUUCUUCACUAGGUGCAACGAGAGUUAUGGCAUUUAGCCUAGGAACAACGCGUGUGAUCAUCAGCAGUCAUCCCGACACCGCCAGGGAAAUCCUAUCUGGGUCUUCAUUUUCAGACCGCCCAAUCAAGGAGUCAGCUCGUUUGCUGAUGUUUGAACGCGCCAUUGGUUUCGCACACUCCGGUAAAUACUGGAGUCAUCUUCGAAGGCUUGCUGCCAACCAUAUGUUCUCCCCUAGGAGAAUCUCUUGCCUGGAGCCACUGCGCCAACUAGUGGUUGAUGAAAUGUUGGUGGAAAUAAACAAGGGAAUGGAAGAGAAAGGAUUUGUAGAAUUGAGGGGGAUAUUACAGAAAGGUUCAUUGAGUAAUAUACUAGAGAGCGUGCUUGGGAGUUCUAUAGUAGAGAAGGGAGAGCUAGGGUUAAUGGUGAAAGAAGGGUAUGAAUUGAUUACUAUGUUUAACUGGGAAGACUAUUUCCCUCUAAGGUUUUUGGACUUUCUUGGGGUGAAAAGAAGGUGUCAUAAGUUGUCAACCAAAGUAAGAAAUAUUGUGGGUCAAUUUGUGAAAGAAAGAAAAAAGUGUGGAGAUAAGAUCAAUAAUGGUGGGAAUGACUUUCUUAGUGCUUUGUUAGCUUUGCCCAAAGAAGACCAGUUAAGUGAUUCAGACAUGGUUGCUGUUUUGUGGGAAAUGACAUUUCGAGGUACUGACACUGUUGCUAUACUCUUGGAAUGGAUAAUGGCGAGGAUGGUUUUGCACCAAGACAUUCAAGCUAAAGUACAGAAAGAGAUCGACGCUGGCAUUUGUCACAACCAAGUUCAAGAUUCCGAUCUCCCAAAUUUCCCCUACCUCCAAGCGGUUGUGAAAGAGGUUCUAAGGAUGCAUCCACCAGGACCACUUCUAUCAUGGGCUCGCCUAGCCACCCACGAUGUUCACGUAGGGAAGUCUUUCGUCCCAGCAGGCACCACUGCAAUGGUAAACAUGUGGGCCAUAACCCAUGACCCGUCUAUUUGGAAAGAUCCAGGGACCUUUAGGCCUGAAAGGUUUAUUGAAGAAGAUGUUCCCAUCAUGGGCUCUGAUCUAAGGCUAGCACCGUUCGGGUCAGGUCGAAGAGUAUGCCCUGGGAAGGCACUAGGGUUAGCCAUCGUACAACUCUGGCUUGCACGGUUUCUCCAGUAUUUUAGGUGGCUUCCAACGGCGCAACAUGUUGACCUUUCAGAGACUCUAAAGCUUUCUCUUGAAAUGGAAAAACCGUUAACAUGUCGAGUGGUUCCCCGAACUACUCGACAUAUAAUUUCAUGAUUCAAUAUUAUUGUGACGCAUCAGUUUUUAAAAUUAAUUUAUCACCUUAUUUAGGUAAAUAAACUUUUGGGUUGUAAGUUA